AUGUCUCCUGACCCCAAAAAGAGACACAGUAUAUCACCAAUAUCAUCACCAAAUUCCACCUUCAAUUCUACGCUGAGUUUGUCCAAUCGCUUUUCUGUGUUUGAAGAUGAUAAAGACUGUGUUGACGAGGACUGUGCUGACGAGGAUGAUGAUGUAAAGGACACUCCAGUAUUGAACCCACUCCCAAAUAACCAAUUCCUAAACAUUGAUGCCGCCUACCAACUAAUAAAAGCGUCAACUCCGUCAAACAUUGAAGACAAAAUACCAACUGGGCCCAAAGAAAACAUAUACAUUCUUGUUAAGACGACCACCAACAGCAAACAAGAAUUUCCAGACGACUGUGGAGUGUGGGGGCGUGCUGGGACAACUGUGAAUUCAACAUUCAUAGAAAAAGACGGCAAAUUGAAGACAGUGGUUGUGAGGGAUAGCCAAAUCUGUGUCGAGAGGAAAGUGCAAAAUGUACGGCAAUACGUUCCGAUAGUGCCCCAACCUGCCGAUGACAGUGUAGUAAAGUGCCACCGAUAUUACUCUAAACUCAAGAGCUCGGAUCAGUUUAAACGGAGAGUGACAAUUUUUACAAAAUUACCAUCAUCUAACAAAGACAAACAAGACAUUGCAGUGGUGGAAUACCAAGGUUCCUGGGAGUCACCAAAACUACCACAUGGCAACUGCACCAAGGCAUCGGUCCCCUACCGCCGCACAGAUCCAGCCAUUCUCCGAGAAGCAGCCCACAUCACAAAGCAACAUCACCAAAUGCCCAUGACAACCUGUCAACAAAUGAUGCAAAAUGAUUCGAUCAACGCUCCCCGUGCCAAACAAAUAAGAGACAAAGUAUACCGAGAAACCAAGAAGACAGACAGUGAAAAUUUUCCACUUCAUAAUAUCGCCGACGAAGUACUUUGCGUGAUAAACAUGUGCCAAAACGGGGAAAAUAAUGUGAGAGAAAUAUUUCUAACACCGAACAAACCUCCCAGCGUUAUUGUGUAUUCAGAUGAGCAACUAGAAGAUAUGAAAUCCAACUGCAUAGGACCAAACGGGAGUGUCAUCGGAAUAGACAGAACUUUCAAUCUUGGGCCAUGUUUUGUGACAACAACAACAUACAAAAAUGUCAAAAUUCUCAAACGCGAAACAUUACAAAAUCCAAUUUUCCUGGGACCAGUAUUUCUUCACUGGGACGGCGAAACUGACAGUUAUUUUAAGUUUUUGUGUCAUCUAAAUUCAAAGUUAGGUUUUCCAUCCGGACUUAAAGUGGGAAGUGACGAGGAAAAAGCCAUCAAAAAUGCCAUAAAUCAAUCCUUUCACAAACCAUGUCACCUUCUGUGCACCAAACAUCUAAAAGACAAUGUCAGGCGUUAUCUCAAAGACAAGGAUGGCUGCAGGGCGAAGGAAAGAGAGACUAUAGUAAAAUCAAUUUUCGGCCACGAUGGACUUUUAAAUAGUGAUGAUUCGUUUUCUUUUGAAUCGAAAUUCGCGGAUAUGGACAGUGUUCUUGCCAAAUUUCCAAAUUUUCAAAACCAUUUCCAGAACCGUUUGAAACCAUUACUACACGACCAUGUUUUCCUUCCUCUUCAAAAUGGUACUGUGAACGAGCUCUGGACUAAUAACAACUCCGAGUCUCUUAACAACAGAAUAAAACAAUCGACCAACUGGAAACCACAAAAGCUUCCUGAUCUCAUUCAUAAAUUAAAUGAAAUCAGCUCAUUUCAACUUAAUGACCUUCGCCGAGCCAUCCAUGGUAAUGGUAACUAUAUCUUGGAUGACACAGUGAAACGCCAUCAUGUGUCUCCAGACGUAUGGGUAAAAAUGAGCAAGACCGAAAAACAGAAACGAACCUGGAAACUCCUGACACAGAAGCCGGUGGAUCCUGAUAGAAGAAACCACAUCAUUUCUACAAAGUGCAGUUUUAAGGUCCCACCUACAGCCAAGAUAGCCCAAAAGCCUCAUCAGCGAAGAAGACCAAGAGCUGAGCGGACAAGGCGAUAAUGGGACAAAACUGUGAUUAGUGAUUGUGACUUCGAAAUACCGAUUAUGACGAUAUCCCGGACUUGACGAAAUUUUAAAUUAAUUGCCAAUGACUAAAAACAUUGCUGGAAUGUGACAGUAUCUCGGACUUGACAAAAUGUGUAUUGUGUUGUGGUUAAAUGAGAUAUGUGGAGAUUUUUAGAAGAAUGCAUUCUAAAUGUACAUAUGUAUAUAUUUAUAGUAUAGAUAUUUUAAGCUACUGUUACAUAUAUUCGUAGUUGCUUUUGUUAGAUUAGUGCUGGUUUUAGUAAUUUUAAGUAUGAUUGUACGAGAAACUGAGUCUGGGCCCUGGUAGGGCGUCGGGUUUCACAAAACUCGAUAAGAACAGUUUUCUCAUUUCAAUUAUAUUUUUUUUUUACUUGUAGUCGCUUUUGUUAGAUUAGUGCUGGUUUUAGUAAUUUUAAGUAUGAUUGUACGAGAAACUGAGUCUGGGCCCUGGUAGGGCGUCGGGUUUCACAAAACUCGAUAAGAACAGUUUUCUCAUUUCAAUUAUAUUUUUUUUACUUGUAGUCGCUUUUGUUAGAUUAGUGCUGGUUUUAGUAAUUUUAAGUAUGAUUGUACGAGAAACUGAGUCUGGGCCCUGGUAGGGCGUCGGGUUUCACAAAACUCGAUAAGAACAGUUUUCUCAUUUCAAUUAUAUUUUUUUUACUUGUAGUCGCUUUUGUUAGAUUAGUGCUGGUUUUAGUAAUUUUAAGUAUGAUUGUACGAGAAACUGAGUCUGGGCCCUGGUAGGGCGUCGGGUUUCACAAAACUCGAUAAGAACAGUUUUCUCAUUUCAAUUAUAUUUUUUUACUUGUAGUCGCUUUUGUUAGAUUAGUGCUGGUUUUAGUAAUUUUAAGUAUGAUUGUAAAUUGUGAUACUUGGCUUCAUAUCAUUAGUGCAUGUUCAGUUUGGUCUUAAGUAAGAUAAUUUGUGUAUAUACCUAACGUGAUAUAUGUUAGUUAAGUUAAUUUAAUUUUUUUAUUCAACAUGUGAUUCAACUGUUAUCUAUUUUGGCAAAAUGCGUUAGCAAACAAUGAAUAUUUAAUUUAAUUGUUUUCCCGUUAAACACUUAUUUUAA